CAGAGACUCCAGCAUUUCUCUCUCAUUCACGCCCUUCGUGCUCUUCGCCUCCUCCUCUCUCUCUCUCUCUCUCUCUGCUUAGAUUUCUCUAAAGUAGAAUCGAUGGCUGGGAUUGCAGGAGCUUCGAUUUCAAUCUCUUCCCGUCCCAUGCAUCAGAAACAGGCAACAAACAUAAUUUCUAGCCUGAAAUCAAUCUCAAUUUCCAGUGGAAGGAAAAGCUUCCCAUCAGUCCGGUUGCAGCCAGUGCCACAACGCUUCCGGGUUUCCUGUGCUGCAAAAUCUGAGACCGUGGAUAAGGUGUGUAAAAUAGUCAGGAGCCAAUUGGCCCUACCAGAAGCAACUGCCAUCACCGGGGAAUCAAAGUUCUCUCAGCUUGGUGCUGAUUCACUUGACACGGUUGAGAUUGUGAUGGGACUGGAGGAGGCAUUUGGGAUCAGUGUAGAAGAAGAGAGCGCACAGAGUAUAACAACGGUGCAGGAUGCUGCAGAUCUGAUUGAGAAGCUUGUAGAACAGAAAAGCUGUUAAAGAGAAAAAUGAAAGAAAUCAGCCCCUCUGGUUCUCAUUUGUUUUCUGUCUCUUCCUUUUCAGUAUCUUUUUAAUUACGUUUUUAUUUACCCGUGAUGCCAUGGAACUUCUCUUGUAUUUCUCCAAUGAAAACAUUACUUAGUUUCUGCCCUCUUUGUUAGGAUUUUUGUUUUAGCAUCCCUCCACAUACUUUCUUGCCCUUUAAUAAUAGAAGUGGGUUUAUACAA